CCCCUUCCAUUCCAGCAUACUCUGCUCCUCACUUCACUGUACUUCGUUAAACCCUUGACACUCUUUCUGGAAUAACUAGUCGCAAGGCUGAACGAAUAUGGCUUCAAGCAGUCUGCAUCCUCCAAGUCAUAGACGGCAGCCUCCCAGCAACCGUGCUCCAGAGACAUGUCCCGAUUGCGGUCACCAAUUUGCUCGCCUUUAUGAGCUCAGACGUCAUCAGACGCCGACCAUCAAAUGUCCCAGCCAUGACUGCCAGCAGCGUUAUCGUGUCGAUAAGAGAAGUGGCUUCAUAAAUCAUAUUGAAACUUCCCAUGCUGGGCAGCUCGAUACUAUGCUAUGUGUGAGGUAUUUUGAAGCAAUAAAGUCGGCCUUGUUUCCUAUUCCCGGCGCCUGUGUUAAGCGAGAUGGAGCAUCACGAAGAGCGAGCACAAUAACGAUUGGUCCGCCAUCAGCAUGGCUCUCAGGAGAGUCGACAACAACUGAGAUACCUAUCUCGCCAUUGACAAAUGGUAUGGGGGGGAUGGAAGGCUCUCACACGACACAUUUUGGAUCAGGCAUGAUGCAGCAACAGCCCUCUGACCAGGGCUUCUUGCAUGCAUUUCCACAUAUUGAUGACAUCAACAUGCCUUUUGAUAUCCAUCUAUUGUGGGGAGACUUCUCAGAUCACCAUGGUGGAUCCGGUGGCAUGGUGUGACUACACAUGGACAUUGCGGAGCUCAUCAUGAUUUGUCGCUUUUGGCAAAUGAAUGUAAACGUCAUGAAUUACAUUAAACGAUAACAUCAUUACUGG